GUUAUUUUCUUGAAAAUGAAUAACUUGAAUUCUUAUUAGGAGUGGUUUUUCUGAAUCGUAUUAAAACAAAUGUCAAGUUUUCUUUGAACGUGUAUCCGAACAUAGUUUCAGAGAUUCUAGUAGAAAAAAAAACAAAAUCAGUGGAGUUUCAUAAUUUCUUGUACAUUGCGUGUUUAGAAGACAGUAAAGACAGAAAAAGUGAUACGAAAAACGCAAUUUGUAUCAAUAAUUAACGUAAAACUCGUUCCAAUUGGAUGGGAAACAGAAGUGGAAGAAAAUAUUUAAUUCAAUAUGGCUACAGAUCAUACGACGUGAGCUGUCAGCUGUAAUAAUUUUUGUUUCUUUGUGUUUAUUACGCCUUUAAAAAUGUUAUGAUCGUUACGUACACGCGAAUAUGGGUGCGAAAGACUCGAAACCAUCUUUUAUACCAUACGAGGAUGCAGUGAAACGAGUGUCUGAUAGUGAGUUGAGACGUAUACGUGAAGCGUUCAAGAGAUGUGCCGGUGCAAACGGGACGGCCUUGAGCUUGGAGGCGUUCGUCCACGAAGUGCUGUGUGAUGGAGUUCCCUACGAGGUGGCGGAGUGGCUGUACCAGGCGUGCGGCGGCACCAAGAGAGGCAUCGCCUUCAAGGAGCUGCUCUGCGGGAUCGUGGUGCUCACCAAAGGCAAUAUCGAAGAGAAAAUUAAGUUCCUCUGGACGCUGUACGUGAACAAUCAAGGCGACAAUGGCACAUACAUAUACAAGAGGGACUUCGCGCGGAAUCUCCACAUGGAGUACACGUCGCUGCCCCUCAACGGCCCUCAGAGGAACGCUGAGAUCCUCCUCAGCCUCUUCGGCCCGGCGGAGAAGGUCACCUUCGACCAGUUCCGCUCGUGGCUGCUGAUACACAAAGAUGCGACGGUGCUGUCCAAGUGGCUGCUGUCGGAAGUCAAUGUAGCCCAGGAUCUAGAGACGCCCACCUUCUACCAGAGUCUAGCUGGCGUCACGCAUUUAGAGGAGAGGGACAUAAUAGAACUUGAGAAAUGUUUCUGGACGCUCCGCAACGCGGCGCCAACGGGUCAGCUAGACGCAGAGAGCCUAUCUCCUCUCCUGUCUCCGCCACUCCCUGCUGCAGCGGUGGCCGGCGCCUUCCUGGCCUUCGACGAGAACAGGGACGGACAUGUGGACUUUAAGGAGCUCUGCUGUGGACUUAGUGCGGCCUGCAGAGGGCCUAGGACUGAGCGGCUUAAGUUCUGCUUCAAAAUCUUCGACCUAGACAGCGAUGGGGUCCUCAACAAGAAGGAACUCAUCGACAUGGUGGGGAUCCUCUGCACCGUCGCCAACGAGAACCUCAAGAACCAGAGCUCCCGAGCCUCCACGCCUUCGGACGGCAACGACUCUGAAGGCCUGGAGAAGGGGUUUGACCCUGAAGUCAUACUGGUCAACUUGAGGGAGAAGCUGGUGACGGUGCCCAAGAAUGGGAGGAAGCCGGUCUUCCAGUUGGGCCCUAAUGGGGAUAAUAAGGAUGAGAUUGCCGCUUUGAAAGAGCAACAGCAACAGCAGCUUCAAGAAGAUGAGCAACUGGAGAGCGAGGGUCUGAUCGCCAACGACAUGGCGCUGACGCUGGAGGACUUCCUGAUCUGGAGCGUGGAGAGCGCGGAGGCGCUGGUGUCGCCCUUCCUCGACCUGCUGUUCGAGGUCUGCCACGUCGUGCUGGGGCUGCGGCCGCAGUGCAAGCAUCAGGAGAGGGAUAUUGUCCUAGGAUGGCUACGUCGCGCAGUCCAGCGUGGCUACUCAGUGGGGCAGUUCUGGUACCUGGUGGCUGCGGAGUGGUGGGGCUCGUGGCUGGCGUACACGGCAGGCUCCAGCAGCGACAACUGCUGCCGUCCACCGCAGAGGCAUAUUGAUGAGGCCAUCGUGUGUGAUGAGAGCUUCACUAGUAAUUCUACAGAGUCAAUGGGUUCCUUACUGUGGCGCGCGGAGACGGCGUCGGUGGGCAGCGCGGGCAGCUCGUCCGGCGUCAGCAGCGCCGCCGCCCAGCGCGGCCACCGCCACCCCGGCCCCAUCGACAACAAGCGUCUGCUCGCUCCCAACGUGCUCAAGGUCCGGACGCUGACGGGCGAGGGCGGCCACCUCCGCCGCGACGUGACGCUAGCCCAGCACCGCGACUUCGAGCUCGUGCCCGACGCGCUGUGGCGGGCGCUCGCGCUCUGGUACGGCGGGCCCGACCCGCUGCCACGACAGGUGAUCCGGCCACCGAACUCGGACGUCGAGCUCGAGUUGUAUCCCCUGCACCUCAAGUUACUACGGCAUGUUCAGAGCACACAGAGAGUGUCACCAGCAGGUACGGGCACGGGUACAGCUCUGUACAGCAGCGUGCCGGCUCCGCCCGACCGACAGCUCGCAUACACCGCCGCCUUCUCGAGACUCGCCACCGUAAAACAGGUGUGCGAGUUCCUGUGCGGAGCGCUGGGGCUGGCGCGGGAGGACAUGCGCGUGUGGGCCGUGGGCGCCGCCACCGUGCUGCUGGACGACGAGCGGCCCACGCUGCACGAGCUGGGCCUGCAGCACCGCGCCGCGCUGCUGCUGGAGCUGCGCAACCCCGACCUCACCUGGCCCGAGGAGAUCGGCGCUCUCAGUGGGUCGAGUCGAGCGACAGAGCGUCGCGAAACUCUCAUAGCGCCCAACCUGCCCGGCGCCACCGGGCUGCACAACCUUGGCAAUACUUGCUUUAUGAAUGCUGCAUUACAAUCUGUAUGGAACACAGGUCCUCUAACGAGGUAUUUCAACUCGGGCAUGCAUCUGUAUGAAGUGAACACGACGAACCCGCUCGGUACUAAAGGAGUACUAGCGUUGAGAUACGGAGAAUUAUGUAAAGAGGUGUGGUCGUGCUCAGCUCGGUCAGUAGCGCCACUGCGGGUCCGCUGGUGCGUCUCCCGGUGGGCGCGAGCCCUCGCUGGUGGGGGGCAGCAUGACGCACAGGAGCUGCUGGCGUGGCUGCUAGAUGCGCUGCAUGAAGACCUUAAUCGUGCCGCGCCUCCGCCGGCCAGGUGUCUGCCACGGGCUGAUGAUUCCGGGGGCAGGCCUGACCAGGUGGUAGCAGCGGAAGCGUGGGAGCAGCACACAUCCCGCAACGCGUCCAUCAUGACGGAGCUGUUCUACGGGCAGCUGAAGUCCAAGGUGCAGUGCGACACGUGCGGCAAGGACUCCGUGCGCUUCGACGCCUUCAACAUGCUCAGUCUGCCGCUGCCCAUGGAGUCCUAUGUCUGCUGCGAGCUCAGGGGUAAGAUGUCCAGCAUGACGGAGCUGUUCUACGGGCAGCUGAAGUCCAAGGUGCAGUGCGACACGUGCGGCAAGGACUCCGUGCGCUUCGACGCCUUCAACAUGCUCAGUCUGCCGCUGCCCAUGGAGUCCUAUGUCUGCUGCGAGCUCAGGGUGAUGCUGCUGGACGGCUCGGUGCCCAUCAAGUACGGCGUGCGAGUCAACUCAGAAGGCACAUACUUAGAUCUCAAGAAAAAACUGUCGGAACUAUGUGGAUUAGCGCCGGAAUCCAUGCUAAUAGUGGAAGUAUCAGGCGCCACCAUCGGGCGGGUGCUGGAGGACAGCGCCAAGAUCAGCGCGGCGUCCGCCUGCGAGCUGUACGCGUACGAGCUGCCGCAGCAGGACGAUGACGAUGCAUCCCACUGGGAGCACUGCCAACAUACUAACGGCUGGUCUGCGGAGCCGCAGCAGUGGGCGGAGGUGAGUGUGGGCGGCGGCAAUACUUCCUCACUCUGCAUGCCAGCACUCUUCUGCUUCAAGCGCUCGAGAUCGGAAAUUCUUAUGUCCCAGAGUCCGCCGAGCACUCUCUACAAGCACGCGGUGUUCACGGACCGAGCUGACGGCAGGAGUAACACCUUGCCCAAGGAGGUACGGCAUGAGAACGGCAGCAGUUCUCCGACCCUCAGCGUUAAGUCGCUGAACCUCAAGCCGUCAAGCCCGAGGCUCGGGAAGGUCAAGUUCGGCUCGUCGCCCUCCAAUAUGUGCAAGAUGGAUGAUAGUAAGGACGUGCCUACGGGAAAGAUACAGUAUUUGGUUGCUGUUCAUCGGAAGCAGUGUCGAUCAGACGCGUACUUCCUCCCCUGGCAGCGGAGCCGGUCCUCAGUGUUCGGCGUGCCCCUGCUGGUGGGAGUACGCGACGCGUGCAGCGGGCGGCAGCUGUACGCGCGCGUGUGGCAGCAGGUGGCGCGGCUGCUCAGUGCACGACCACCGCAUCAUGACCAGCACAACCAUGCCACUGACUGCGACGACAGCCUGGGCUAUGAGUUUCCGUUCCGCAUCCGCGUGGUGCGCGCGGGCGGCGCGUGGUGCGCGCGCUGCGCCUGGCCAACGCUGUGUCGCGGCUGUGCGCUGCCCUGCACCGACACCGCCACGCCUCGCACACGCGUCGGUGCAGCUAUAGAUAGCGACGCGCCCAACACCAACUCACCUAUAGCGAAGAAUAAGCUCAACAGGCAUAACUCUGCAAGGCUUUCUACUGAUAUUACGGGUGAGACGGAAUGUGGCACGGUGAGCGCGGCAGAACUGAGUGCACUGCUGGCGGGCCCCCGCCGCGGCCUCAUGCUGGCCAUCGACUGGGACCCCACCGCGCUGCAUCUGCGCUACCAGUCCACACGGGAGAAGGCAUGGGUAGAGCACUGGUCGGUGGCAGCAUGCCGACAGGAGGCGGCGCGGGCGAUAGACUUAGCGAGCUGCCUGCGCGCGUUCACGUCGUGCGAGCGGCUGGAGCAGCGCUACCACUGCGCGCACUGCCGCAGCGCGCAGCCCGCCACCAAGAAGCUGCAGAUAUGGCGCCUGCCGCCCAUACUCAUAGUCCACCUAAAACGUUUCCAAUACGUGAACAACAAAUGGAUAAAAUCCCAGAAAGUGGUCAACUUUCCGUUCCAAGACUUCGAUCCCACCGCCUACCUCGCGUCCGUACCACAAGAAACGAUACUACGGCAUACAGAAAUACUCAGUUCUAAACGAAGAUCCUCCGUUUUUGUGGACGACACCAUAUCAGAGUCAGAUAGUGAAGACGAUGAAGAAAGUGCACAACCAAAGGUCCAGAGGCCCAAGGUCGAGAGGAAGAGGAAAGGGUCCGUCGAGGUUAAGGGCAGACAGAGGCUGGAGUCCACGAGCCUGGUGACCACGCCGGUGACGGAUGAUAACCUGAUAGAUUAUCAUCAGCAUCAUCUACUGAAAGAUCAAGACCCGUUCGAUUUGAAGUACAGAUUGUAUGCUGUUGUGUCGCACUCGGGGCAGCUGAGCGGCGGCCACUACGUGGCGUACUGCCGCAACCCGUCGGGCGCGUGGCUGUGCUACAACGACAGCUCGUGCCGGGAGCUGAGCGCGGCGCCGACGCCGCCCAUCGACCCCGCCGCCGCGUACCUGCUCUUCUACGAGCGACAGGGACUCGACUACGAGAGGUAUCUUCCCGAUAUAACGGGUAAGGAGCCAGUAGUGAGAGACGCGGAAGUGUUGGAUCCUGAUGAGAACGACCUCAAGAAGAUGUGCACUAUAGUGUAGGACUAUUGUGAUAGCCGUCGCUGCAGGCUUCAGCGGUGAGAGACGCUCCGACCCGAACAGGUCAGGACAUUCAGGAACUUCGGCUCAUGUAACAAACGGGACGUGACGCGCUAAUGUACAAAAUAUCAGUAUGAUUUGACCGUAUAAUUCGUCCAUAUCGAUAUAUUUUUUUGCCAUCGAUAAAAAUAUCGAUGUUGCGAUGCUGUAUGUUUUAUGCCGAAAGCGAGAUAGCACGUUAGCACGGUUUGCGCUUGAGUUCAUUAUUUGUGAAGGCAUAUUAUACAGUGUUGCAAUUGGUUAAGGCUUAUAUUCGUUUGUUAGGGUUCCGUAGCCAAAAUGGCAAAAACGGAACCCUUAUAGUUUCGUCAUGUCCGUCUGUCCGUCUGUCCGUCUGUCGUCUGUCACAGCCGAUUUACUCGGAAACUAAGUACUACAGUGAUGAAAUUUGAUGGGAAUAUGUGUUGUAUGAACCGCUACAAAAAUAUGACACUAAAUAGUAAAAAAAAGAAUUGGGGGUGGGGCCCCCCAUACAUGUAACUGAGGGAUGAAAUUUUUUUUUUCGAUGUACAUACCCGUGUGGGGUAUCAAUGGAAAGGUCUUUUAAAAUGAUAUAAAGUUUUCUAAAAAACAUUUUUCUUAAAGUGAACGGUUUUUUAGAUAUCAGCUCUCAAAGUCGUAAAAAGUAUGUCCCCCCCCCUCUAUUUUUAUAACUACGGGGUAUAAAAUUCUAAAAAAAAUAGAGGUGAUGCAUGCUAAUUAACUCUUUCAACGAUUUUUGGUUUGAUCAAAGUAUCUCUUAUAGUUUUUGAGAUAGGUUGAUUUAACUGUAAUUUACGGAACCCUUCGUGCACGAGUCCGACUCGCACUUGGCCGGUUUUCUUUGGAUAGUGCCAUAGCGCGUCGUGUCGCCAAUUCGAGCCGAUCGCAAGUAGGUGGCUUUAUGAAAAAAAAUAUAAACAUUAUGGCCCGAAGAUUCGGUGUAUAGUUUUGGAAAUCUGAAAUAUAGAAUAAAAAAUACAAUAUAAAAAUAUUAUAUGUGGUCUGUCACAGAUUAUGCAUACAAACAGAAUGCAACCGCGAUGGGACCACGGAGAAACGCUCAAAUAUUAAUUAAUUUAAUUAUUUUUACUACCUAUUCGAGGUAGUAAAUAUUUAUCUUUCAAAUUAUUAUCGAUAAUUGAUUUCUAAUUACAUUUGUAAUGUUCCAAAUAUUAUUUAAUGAAUGAAUUUGAAUGUGAAUAAAACAUAAUGGCACGUUUCAGUGGAAAUAUCAGUCGUAUGCCAUUAUAAAAUAAUAUAUCUAUACAUUAAAUCUCAGACGGCUAUAACCGAAUACCAAAACUUCUAUACACAAAUUAAAAUAAUGUAUUAAUAAUAUUAUAUUGCGUAUAAUCGAGAACAAUGAAAGUGAAAUUUCUUUUUUAUAAUAAUAAUUUAUGUAAAUUAUGAUGUUGAUUUUAUAUGUUGAGGGUAUGUCGUGGUGAUGCAGGAAAAUUCCAUGAUUGCACAGAUAGGGAAUACAGUUACUUUACCAUUUAUUCUUUGUAAAGCCACAGAGAAGUAAUUGAAUGUAAUACUCAUAAACAUGUUAAUGUAUUGUUUUUAUGCACGUACGUACCGUCGAUCGUGAAAUUCAGUAUUGAGUUUGUCAGAGAGAGCUUUCAAUUGCUGUAAUUUGUCUUUACAGGUGUAUGAAGUUUCCAGUAGAUUUGUUAAACUUAUUGGCUACAUUGAAAGUAGAAAAUUAAGUAUCUGUAUUCUAUCGAAUCUGUGUUAUCAUGGGAAAGUUAAAGUGUUAUGUUAGUUAUGAUUGCGUAGUUGUAAUGCAUUCCUACUGUUGGUUCAUUUUAAGCGUUGGAGCAACAUGCGGUCUGUCAUGGUUCGAAGCUUUACAGCUAAUUUGGGGGCACACUUGACAGCUGUCAAAUUUGAACUUUAACCUUAAAGAAAAUAUAAUGCAGUUAAGUGUGUACCCAUUUCUAUUAUAAAUUAUGUUUUUAUAUUAUAUGAUAAGGUUGGCAACGCAUCUGUAAAUAUGUUUCGUUGGUAAUACAUACCAGUGCGGUUUCAUGAACGACUCUAGUGUUAAAUAAGUCAGGGCAAGUGUGAUAUUGUUUUCUGUUAUUAAAAUUUAUUAGUUUUUAUUGGUGUAUUUGCGUUAUAAGUGUUUAUGGGUGUUCUGUGGCUUGCUAGCGUGGAUAUUGUGACCAUGUGUCAAAAUUGUCAGUUUGUUCCACCAUAUUGGAUUUCCUUGUUUAAGUGUCAAAACUGACAUGUCGGCCAUAUUGGAUUUCCUUUCCGUUGCGUGUUAUUUUUCAGCUAUAUAAUCCUUUUCAAGCAUAUUUGAGUAUUAUGAUUUGCAAGUGUAUGUAACAGGCUACUUUAUUCUCAUGGGACAAAUAUUUACGCUAGUAACUACGGCAUAACGUUGUCCAACCGUAAGUUUUGUUGUACCCAAAUAUUUGCGCGAACAAAACAAGCGCGUCGCCCCGUGUCGCCUGUUACGUUAAUAAUGGAGACUGAUGUGAUGUAAUAUAUAAACGUGAUGUGCUAUAUUUUACUCAUUGGAAUAUUUUGUAUUUAAUAUUAUUGUAGAUAGUCUGCGUUUAACGUGUUUUGUACCAGAUACCAAAAACAAAUUAAAUGCAUGUUUGCUGAAGCAAAAUUAUAGGUAGGUCUACUGUCUAUUUCUUAAUACUGUCCAUAUUAUAUCUAUUUUGGCUUUCUCUUCUAAGUUUCUUUACUUAUGAGUAGUGUGAAUUUCCUUUCUAGUUUGGUACAGAACAUGCUGAACGUUAAUAAAAUAAUAUAUUCUUCUAGCGCGGAAACUAUUUAGUGUUAUAAUAAUACGUGUUAUUGGCGGUUUUGUGUUGAACGCGGUUGUUGACUACUGUCGAUAUAGCGCGGGCACUUCACGUCUCCGCACGCGCGUAUGAGCGUACCAACACUUGCGCAGACAUGAAGGAUCGGCGCUACGCGAGCUUUGGCAUCGAAACAGCUCACUAUAAUUAUCUUUUUUAUAAUUAUUAUUGUAAUUAUCGUACGGCUUAGGGCACAAUGUCGUGAUGCUUAAUAAAUUCUAGUGAGAUACGAUACAUAAGUAUUAGACACAUACGUUUAAGUAAUAUAUUAUUAUUAUUGAUAUUAUGAGCCGGUGUGCACGAUCCUAGUUAAUCUAUUAAUAUAAUUUCUAUACAGUUUAUUCGAAAUAAUUUAAAUGAAAAGUAGCUUUUGUAACGCGACAUUUAUUUAGCGAACGCUACCAAUGUGGGUAGUUGUAAUAUUGUAAGCUGAGGACUAGUAGUGUGGUUCUCGCUGAUUUAGUCGAUAUUUUUAUUUAUUUGAUCGUGUGCACCAAAUUAUUUGUUAUUUUAGUGUAAUACGUACUACUGUGAUCGUGUCUUAUGAACCUUAUGUUUAACCAAUAAGGUUGAAAAUUGUUUGCGUUGGUCAUAGUGGUAUAUAUUUCCCCCGCGCCCUGAUGCGUCCACAGGGAGGUCCGCGGCCUGUAUGUAAGUGUUCGCGGCGAGGUGCCAUCGCUCCAGUUUCCUCUAUACCAAAGCACUUCCUCACUUUGUUCAAGCUUUACAAACUUCACCUGUCGCCGUCAUACUCGAUGUUUUACUAGCUUCUGUAAAGAUGGCGCUGAUUGUACUGGAGUUCAAGCCUACUGGCUGCUGUAUCAGAUUGUUAUCCAAUUAAGUAUUUUGAAUAUCCCUGUGCAAUAAAGAAUUUCUUUUGUAUGUA